UCUUCCACGACGUCGAGUAACACUUGGGGAGCUCAGACACUUACGAGGCUAAUGUAUGUAACUGAAAACUUUUGCAGGCAGAUAGCCUUAGCGUCUGAGUUUUUUCUCUCAAAGUAAACAUCUGUAGCAAAACGAAUGGCAUGUAUGUGGCUUUUAUUGCUGUUCUCGUUAGUUUCUGCAGAAGAGUGUCGGCAGUCCACUGUUUACAGUUAUGAGGCAACACAGUGCGCAACGAUCUAGCAAUGGGAUACGUAUUCAUCAUAUGGACGCUGCUUUAUAAUAUCCUUGGAGUGAUCGCCAGUCGCUGGGGCUAUGAACACUGGCAACUAGGGUUGUACACUGGCGACCCUCAACAGAUACCCAACCACCGAGCACCGGGCUUCAGGGUCGCAAAAGCCUACUUGGUUGGCAUGAUCAUCAGCGUGUUGACUGCCCUGGGAACCAUUCUGCAGACUGUUCUGCAAGGAGGACCGGAAGCCAUGGUAUGGUUAUCGGUCACGGCCUACGCACUUCUCAUUGUGGAAGGAGCGUGCAUUGUAACCGUUGGCAUUGCGCUGAGGAAAGAUUGGCUGCCGACCGCCGUCAUUGCUUUCUUCCACUGGCUCCAUUGGGAGCGAGGUGAGUUUAUUAAGGACUAUUAUGACUGGACGGUAUUCCAAGCUUUCGUCAAGCAGUUGUUAGGAUUGAUAGCUUGGCCGCUGAUGGUCCUGCGUAACCUACAUGAGCCCGAGAAAACCGGCCAAACAGUGUUUUGUGGGAUGGUUUCCUCGGCAUGGCUAGUUUUCUACAACGUAAUCGGACUGUUCGGCUUAAUAAAAGGUACCAGGCUAGCAUCGCCGUCGGGACCACUCACCCACCAGUUUGAUAAUUCACGGGGACGGACGUUCUAUCGUGUCUACACGGGCCUGAUGAGUAUCAGUGUACUAUUGGCGAUUAGUACUGUCAUCAACGGCCUUAUAGUAGCCGAAAGCACGGCCGUGAAAUCAACCGGGAAUAGUGAAGUUAUAAUGGGAUCUGUCGUCCUUGGCGUUGAGCUGACCUUUUCUGCGCUGUCGCUAUGCAUCGGCGCAUUAAGGUCACAGACCGCGAUCGAAAGACGACAAGCAGCGGGGACCAGUCUUCCACGUCCUGCCGCGCCCCUCUCCCCAUUGUUUCCACCGCAUAAUGCAAUCGAUGAACCGCCGGCUUGCAAGGCAGUGGUGUUGCGACACGAAGCGGAUCUGCCUCCAUCGUGCGCCGAGGCGACAAAUGUUCCCAACGAUUUCGGUAAAUUUUCCAUUCUUAACGUCUCAGUGCAUGACUUUUAUUUAUACUAA